CUACCUUUACGAUUACAUUGUCGUUUUUUAUUUUUUGUAUUUUUGGUUUUCCUAAACUCUUCUUGUGUUUCGAUUUGUCCUCGCACUGUUGCGGCGCUUGUACUUUAUGCGAAUGUGCAGUUGUUCUGUUCUUUUUAUGUUCCUAUUAGGAUUCUCGCUUGAUUGCUGCUACUGGUGUUGUUAGUGUGAUGUUAGUGCUGCAGUGGAUUUGACAUGACGUACUGUUGUUUUGAUGUUUAUGGAUUAUAGUGGCAGCGUAGGGAUCCGGGGAAGUAUUAGGGGAUUGCACGUGUGAGAGGCUUUGAGCUUGCGGUGUUGGUAUAAUUUGGUGAUUGCAGUGAGGUUUCAUGCUGUUGUUUAAGAAGAGAAUUGGAUUGGGAGGGAGUUUGUUGAGAGUUUCUGAGAGUCUGUGCGAGUUUUUGAUUCAUGAGGCGAGUCUAUCCUGAGUACCGGUUGCUUACUUCGGGGCUUAAAUUUUCGUGUGAUGAGAAUAGAUGAGAUGAGAUGAGUCUUCCGGCGAAGUGGCAGAAGGAGGAGACAGGGGCCGUUGUCGGGAAGGUGCUCGAAGGGAGUGGGGGUGGUACUGGGAAGCAGCAACAUGUAGGUGUGGGGAGCAGCAUGAUAGCGGAGUCUGCUUCUGCAUACGGAGGGACAGGGGAGUUGCGUCCCGCUAAAGUGGCGCGACAUGGUGAUCGUGGAGUUGAGGCUGGAGAGAAGGCCGAGCUUGUCAACAACGGUUCCUAUGCGAAUUUCAAACCUGGGAGAGAUGUUGGCUGCUCCGGGUCGUUUGAGGGUGCCGUUGCAGACGGGAAUAAUCUUCAGGAAGUGCAAGUUCAGACAAUGAAUACUGCUGUAAAGAUCCUUGGAAGUGGGAGUGUAGAGGGGAAGAGCGAUCGGGAGGGGUGGGAUCCAAUGGGGAUGGGUUUGGAGAGGAAGGCAAGUGAGGAGAAGGAAUGCAUGGAUGCUUUUAAGGAGUGCAGUAGCAGUAAGGAGCUUCUUGGUAGGGUUAACGUGAAGGGGGGGGAGCGAGGAGAGAGUGUUGGGGAAGCAGGGCAAGAGUUGCUGGAUAACACCUGUAGGGACGGAAAUUUUGACGGCUUGAGUAAGAAGUGCCCUCGCGAGGGUGAAGGUAAGGUGGCCAUGACGGAGGGCCCUACGGAUGUGAAGUGGGAGGAGCAGCAUGAGAAAGCGAAAGAGAAAGAGAAGAAGGAUGAGAAGCGUAGUGAGGGAAAAGAGGAUGUGCUGCCGUCACUGCAGUUGAUGCAAGCGCACUUGGAUGUAAAUAGUGAGAAAGACAAUGAGAAGGAUGAGAAGGAGAAGGAGAAGGAGAGAGGCGACAAGGAGAAAGAGAGAGCGCGGCAACGGGAGCGGUCGCGUGACAAGGAGAAAGAAGCUGUGCGCUCGGAGAAACGGGAGAAGAGAGAGAAGGAGCGUGAUCGGGAUUCUCAUCGGCGAGAGCGAGAACAACGAGAUGGUAUCCUCGUAGUCAAAGGGGAGAAAGGGGAAGGAAAGGGAGUUGGGGUCGACAACAUGGAUGUGGAUCGUAAGCCUGUGAGGGAAGUCGAUGAGCGAAAAUUGGUCGAGAAGGAAGACCACGAGCGGGUGAGGGACCGAGAUCGUGACAAGGAGGGAGAUGAAGCGGGCGAGGGUGACAAGCGCAAGAAACGGGGUCGCGAGCAGGAGAACGAUCGUGAUUCUUUGAGUAAUAUUGGCACUGAAGGUGCAGGAGGGGAUAAAGAAAAGAAUGCUGAUCAUGGCCAAGGAGUACAUCAGCGGAAGAGGAUGUUGCGCCCCAGAGCGCAGUCGAAUCCUGCUAAUCGAGAUCCCCGAUCACGAUUUCGGCCCGAAGACAGUGAAGGGACUCAAGGCAGGCCAGAAAGUUUAUUCAUAAAUUACAGACCUGGAGAAGGAAUUCCAGAACUUGCGAAAUUUCGUAAGGAGUAUGAGUCUGGAGAGCGAAUCAGUUCAGCUAAUGGUUCGGGACCUACUGUCGAAAUACGCAUUCCUGCUGAAUACGCCACUACUAAUAACCGCCAGAUUCGAGGCAGUCAACUAUGGGGAACAGACAUAUAUACAGAUGACUCAGACAUUGUUGCAGUCCUACUGCAUACAGGAUACUACUCAUCUUCACCUGUUCUACCUCCAAAUUCAACAUUAGAACUGCGGGCCACCAUUCGUAUUCUUGAAUCUCAAAAUAUGUAUAUUUCUACGUUAAGAAACGGUCUGCGGUCGCGUGCCUGGGGAGGUGGAAGUGGGUGCAGCUACACCGUCGAGAGGUGCCGUAUAAUGAAGGUGUCUUCACGGUUGUUGGUUUGGUUACGCAUUGUGCAGCAAGGAGGGUUCACUGUUGAGCUCAAGCCAUGUUUGACUCGCACUCCUCCAAUCGCUCCAACUCUCGCACCCGCAGCAUCAGAGCGAACUGUUACGACGAGAGCCGCAUCUUCUAAUGCGUACCGGCAGCAAAGAUUUAUGCAGGAAGUGACAAUACAGUACAAUUUAUGCAAUGAACCGUGGGCUAAGUAUUGCAUGAACAACGUGGCUGACCGUGGGUUGAAGAAAUCUCAAUAUACGUCUGCCCGACUGAAAAAAGGGGAAGUGCUAUAUGUGGAGACCCUGGUUCAUCGGUACGAAUUAGCAUAUGAUGGAGAGCGUGCGACGUGCAAUGGUGCAGCUACUGCUACUUCUCUCCCUCAAGAUAAUUCAGGGAUGGAAAAGGGUAAGGAGAAAUGGGGUGCGGCAGAACGAGCUUCGGCAGUUGUAGAAAAAGAACCAAUUUUGCGAACUCAUAGCGUCGAAAAGUCACAUGGAAACCAUCCAACCAAUGGGUACCACGGCAACCACAAUGGUGAGCCAUAUGAGUAUUAUCGAUGGUCGAAGUGUAAACGACCUCUUUCACUUUCAUGCAUGAAAAGAAAAGGUGUACCCUUGCCAGAAGAUUUUAUUGAGGUCCUGGAAGAAGGUUUGACAUGGGAAGAAGUUCAGUGGUCUCCAACAAGUGUGUGGAUUCGAGGAGCAGAAUAUGUUCUCAGUAGAGCACAUUUUUUUUCUUUCGAUAAGGAUGAUAUGGAGGAUUAGAGGUAAUUGUAGUCAUUGCUAUCAUAUUUUCCGUUCGAUCAGCUUUCAGGAUCAGAUUGGACUCGUAUACUUGAUUAAGAGCACAUCAUGUCCACUUGGUAUUAAACAAAUCUGGUCUGUUAUGGCAUGAUACUUGCAGGUUUUUGAUAUUCCGAAGUUUUAGAGGGUUAAGUACCCUUACUUUGGAAUUCCCAACUUUACAACUUAUUCAUUAGAUUGCCGUGUAUGUUGAGUUUUGAAAGUAGGAAAUUCCAGUGAACCGUAGAAUUUGCGAAACACGUCUUCUCAUAUGUCGUUGAGUCAUAGGAAAGAGAGAGCUUCAAUUGUAUCAAGUAACGGAUACCUUUAUUCCUCCUUUGGUAAAGUGCGAACCUUGUGCGGUCGGUUUUGGCUUA